AGAAAAAGAAAGAGAAACAAGAAGGUGAAUGUAAAGAAAAUGAUAGAUUUUUGAUUGAAUUUUAGUCUUUUGUGUUGAUUAAAGUUAAUUGUGAUUCUCAGGUUACCAACUGGCUUAACAAUUUUUCUUUAAUUUCAUCCAAUUAGGAUGAUUAGUGUUAACAAGAAUGAUGCUAAUUCAUCGGGUAAACGAGCAAGUAAAAUGGGUCUACUAUUGCCAAAUGAAAACAAGGAAGAUGGAAAAAAGAAGUUCAAAAAAGAUAUUUCUGCCAUAAUGGGUGAUGUCUCAUCUCUCAACAAAAAUCGUAUCUACAAUUAUGGUUAUGUUAAAAAACCAGCCGAGUUAUUUCGUAAGGAUCUCAUAUCUGCCAUGAAAAUGGCCGAUGGCGAGCAACUUUCACCUGAAGAUUAUUUACUAAUCACUGACCAUUGGAAAGAAGAAUGGGAAAAAGGAGUACAAGUACCAGUAAAUCCUGAUUCUCUUCCUGAACCUAGUUUUAGGUUUCUCAAAAAGGAACAAGAUUCACAUUCUCAAGACACAAACAAAGUGAAAACAUUGAAAAAGAUCAAUAAGACUGAUGAGACUGAUUUAGAGGUGUAUGGACAAUAUGAACUGGAUUUACUAGACUUGGCUUGGUUACAGACUUUACAUGAAUCUGAUGAAUCAAUUAAAUUACCAGAGAAAUUUGUUGAAGAUCUGAUCAAUGAACUUGAACACCAGUGUGCUCGCAAUAUGAAAGCCAAACAAGUUGGAAUUGAAUAUGAUGAUCACGUUUUAUGUGAUGUUUGUCGAAGUCCUGAUGCCGAAGAUGGAAAUGAAAUGGUUUUCUGUGACUCAUGUAAUAUUUGUGUACAUCAAGCCUGUUAUGGAAUUACUCAUAUACCCGAUGGUGAAUGGUUAUGUCGACCAUGUAAAGAAUUAGGUUACAAGAAAGAUCUACCCUGUAUAUUGUGUCCCAAUAGUGGUGGUGCUCUUAAACCAACCUCACAUUCAGGUGAAUGGGCUCAUGUUGCCUGUGCAUUAUGGAUUCCAGAGGUAAAUAUCGGAUGUGUUAAAUCAAUGGAACCAAUUACAAAAACGAAACAAAUAUCACCCACAAGACUGAAUCUUGUAUGUUCUUUAUGUAAGAUUAAAAAAGGAGCACCGAUCCAAUGUUCAGUCAACUCGUGUAAAGUAGCUUAUCAUGUAACGUGUGCGUUUAAUGCUAAGCUCAAAAUGAAUGUUUUCGCUGUUGAUGACAAGAAAGGAGUUAAAUUGAAGUCUUACUGUUCUAAACACUCUAGUAAAGACUCUCCAAAAGAUAAUGAAUCAGGAGAAAGUUCUUGCGAGGAAAAGAAAGAAGAUUCAUUCGAAGAAUUGACCAUAAUACCGAAUGACAGUGAUGAUCCAUGCAACGAAUUCUGGAAAUACAUUGACAUUACUCAAAUAAACCAAGAAUUUUUGCCUAUGCUAAUUACUGAGUUUCCUCAGUCUUCAAAAGAAAGCCUACUCAUGUACAUUGAUCUUGUAUUACAAUAUUGGAAAAUGAAGAGAGUCUCUAAUUAUGGAUCACCAUUAAUCCGAAUGAUUAAUUCAACAUCUCUUGAACGAUUAAAACUCCAACAACACGCUGGUAUUUUACGUUUCAGGGUGGACCUUGAACGUAUACGUAAUUUAAGUUACAUGUUGUGUCGCCGUGAAAAGAUCAAAAGUAAUUGGGUUAAAACACAUCAACAAACAAUUGAAAAUGCCAUUGCUUUUGCUACUGGUUCUCCGCUUCCAUCUUGCGAUGAUCAACCUGAAUCAACAACAACAAGCUCCAUUUCAUAUAAUUAUAAGACGAAUGCACCUCAAGAAGAGAGGAUGAAAGUCGCUAAAGAAGUGAUUAAUUCAAGCUGUAUGUAUGACGAUUACGAUAUACGCGAUAAAAAUAAGCCAAAAGUUUUGAUAAAACAAAUACGAAACAUGAUGAGAAAUGAUAACAUUGAGAAACUUAGGAGACACCAUCGACCAAAUCCAUAUUUAAAAUUUUAUCCUCAAAGGCGAAGUGAAAGUAGUGAUAACGGUAAAUCACAACAAUCUCCAAAAUCACCUCAAUCACCACAAUUACAACAAAAAGCUAAAGGUAGCAAAAGCUAUUCUACCUUUAAUGGAUCUCAUAAGAAUCACAAUGGACAGACAAAAGUCAACGGAUUCCCAAUUUUAACUUCCUUACCGUUACGGAGUAAAAGUGUUCCCAUUAAUCAAACCUCUCCUAAGUCAGAGUCUAUUAGAAAUACUUUGAGAGAGAAAAGUAUUACCAAAAGUGAUAAUCAAAUAACCAUCAGCUCCAAAUCAAGCCCGACUGAUCCAAUUAAAGAAGAUAAAAUUGUAAAUAAUUCUGUUAUUACCAGAGCAUCAGCCCUAAUUGGAUAUAGAAUUCCCAAAAAGAAUCGUGAUAAUCACAAAGAAAGUGAUCGCGUUUGUCGUGAUGAAUCAAAUUAUACAAUUAGCCCGUUGAAAAAUUUUCACAAUGAACAAAGGGUAUCCGUAUCUCCUAAUCAUCACUUUUUAAGGAGACCAACAAUGGAAGAUAAUAGUUACAAAGGAAAUGAAAGAUUCCUUGAGAGGAGAAGAUCAUUCAAUCAAAGGCGCUUUUAGUUAACCAACUAUAAUCAAUUUUCGUAAAAUAUUCACGAGCGCACAAUCAGAGAAUCACAUAAUUUAAAUCUAAUUUGAAUAGUUUAAUUUCGGUUAAAUUCGGAAACAACGUGAAAACUAUUCAAUUAAUUCUAAGCCCAAGUUUUAGAGAUAAUGAUCAUCAUCAUCAUCAUCAUUUUCGCAUCUUCGGUAAUUUAAUUUAAUCAUCUACUCAUUGAGCAACUUUUUCUUCUGCGUUUUACCUACAAUGCAAUUAAUUCAUCAUCUUAAAUAAUCAUCUCUCUCUCUCUUUUCUCAUUUGUUCAUUUUCCAUGAUUAAUUAUUUAUGGAGAAAAAAUCAUUUAUUAUUUGUACACUUUUCUCCCAGUGUUCAAAAAGCAAAUACGAUCUGAUUUUGAGCUCAGUUGAACUGAGAUUAUUGUUAAAAUUAAGAUAUUUCUCUAAAAUAUCAGCCCAUUUAACUUGAUCCCCUUUAAAUUGUGUAAAUUUGUGUAAAUUGCUUCAUAUAUUUCUAUCCAUCAUCAUCAUUUAAUCAAUUUCGAUGAUUGUUUUUUUUUGUUCUCUUCUAAUUUUCAUAACCUUCACCUCUCAACGUACAUAAAACAUUUACAAAUUCAUUCUCAUGUACAUGAAUUUACCCUGAUCAUCAUCUUCUCCUUCAUAGACUUUAAAGUUAUUUUGUUGAAAUUUGUAAUUAUUAUUUUGAUCUUCAUCACUUCCUCAUCAUCGUCUAAUAUAAUUAUUGUGUUUCAUUGAAAUCACAUUGAGAUUAUUUAUAAUAUUCAAUACGAAAUAAAUCAAAUUGCAUUUUUGUUUCGAUUUCAAC